AGAAAGGCUUCACAGUUACUUUGCCUCUGGAGGAGUGUCUCGAAAGCUCCUUUUUGCUAUCUUUCUCCUUUGUGCACCUUCCCCGCAUUUCCGUAUGUCCUUUCUUUCUCUGUCUCUCUGUAUAACACUUUCUCUUUCUAUAUCUAUCAAUGGAAGUCACGCAAGGCAAUAUCCCGUGACCUAAUAGCCCCAAACGCAUUUUCACCUCAACAAUAUAUCAAUUUCAAGAAUCAUAAUCAGUAAAGCAAUCUUUCAGAAGUUUCUAGGUUAUUGCCGCCGCGCCUGUCCUUGUUUGUUUAUCAUGAAUAAUGGUGAUCACUUUUUAUUCUGUUUCAAUUAUCAAGUGAAUAAUACUGUAAUUUUACAAUGAGAUCACCACGGCCUCAGGCGGUGGCGACUGGAAAUGAGACGCCACCAUUGCCGGGAACUCGAUUUCAGUCCACCGUUUCUAUACACAAGCUUCGCCGUUUCAAUAUACUGAUUCUCGUCUUCCGAUUCGCCGCCUUCUGCUUCUCUCUUGCCGCCGCGAUUUUCAUGUUGACUAAUUCCAAGGGCUCGGAUUUACCUCGCUGGCAAGAUUUUGAAGCGUACAGAUUUGUAGCUGUUGCAAAUUCAAUUGUGGCAUUAUAUUCGCUAUUGGAAAUUGGAGCUUCAAUUUGGGAAAUUUUGAGAGCUUCCACUAUUUUACCCGAAAUCAUACAGGUUUGGUUUGAUUUCGGCCACGACCAGGUACAUCUUUUCAGUAUACUAGUUGUAUUUUUACUUCUUAUCUUUUAGAACUUGAUUGCUAGAUUACUAGUUUGCAACUCUAAAUGUCACAAAAAAUUCACCUACACCUAUAACAAAAUUAUAAUAAAAGGACGGACCAAGUAACAUUGGCAUUCUGCUUUUUAAAUUUAUAGCACGUUGAUCCUUGGUUAGACUUAGUUGUGUAUAACGGGCUAGAUUAACACAUGCCAUGCUUGGUCCGAGGUCUAGACGUGCCAAGUAAGAUUGAUACUCUACCUUUCAAAUUUGUAGCAAGUUGAUCCUUGGUUAGUUCUGUAAAACAGAUUAGAUCAGCCAGCCUAUCCAAGCCCCAGAUGUUCCAAGUAAGAUUGGUACUCUUAUCUUGGUUAGAUGUGUAAAACAGGCUAGAUUGUCCUGGCCUAACAUGCACCGUGCUUGGUCCGAGCCCCAGAUGUGCCGGAUUGCUUUGGUCCUAAGCAUCCAAGCAUAUAUUCUUACCAUGACAAGUUCAUUUGUUUUGAAACUUAAAAUGCCAUAUUUAUCUUAAAAAGAUAAUUAUAUUCUUUAAGUUAAUUUAUAACAGAAAAAUUCAAAGUAAAAAGCCUCUUGACACUUAAAAUACCAUAGUUAUCAAUUCUUCCACCAUCGAACACGGAUUAGAUUUGAAACGGUUUGUAUUUCAGGGAUUCCCAAAUUGAUCAUUCUUGUAAGAGUGGGUGAGCAGCUCAGUUAGCAAGACUACAAAAGAAGAUAGCAAAAUGAGUUAUUUUUGUUUAAGCUCACAUUUUUGUGAAAGAAGCACUAAAAAGUUACCCAAAAAAGUUUUAUCCAUCUUAAAACCCAACUACAAAAUGAUGAUUUGAAAUGUGGUGUAACUAAUUUUAUUUGGAAGUUUUAGGAGCAUACUUUCUUCUUUUCUUCUAUAUUUGGGGAGAACGCAUAAAUAUCAAAUGUUUACUUUGAUUUGUUGGUCGUCUCCUUCCAAUUUACACUUUUAGAAACACUCCAAAACGGGCUCUAAAACUAUUGAAAUCCCAAAACCAUUUGAUUUUGCAUUAAGCACAAAAUUCUUUUUUUUUUUGCUAGAAUUAAUAUCGACAGAAUUAGCCUCUGUGAUAUAAAUACUAUUAGAGCCUGUUUGAAAGUGAUUUUUUCUUCCAAAAAAUUAAUUUUUUGACCGUUAUUUCACUAUUUUCAAUCGCUAUAUUUGACUUAUUCUCUCAUAGGUGAACCUCACUUUUCUUUUAACGGUCAAAAAAAAUUCUCAAAAUCACUCCCAAACAGACUCUUAGGGCCUGUUUG